UUCGGACCUUUCUCGAACAACGAAAAUCCUUAUAAAAGAAAAUGCUAAUUAGAUUAAUUAGUUACUCUAUUAUAUCUUGUCCUCCUUGUAUUCCCUGAUGAUCUGGCAGACAACAAGACGAGGAGGUGUCAAAUUGCCGAAGUUGCGCAUAUUGUAUAUACAUGCAUAUAUGUAGGUAUACGGCAUCGGCAUUUCAGUACCGUGUUUACAAGAGAAAGCGGGAAGAGGUUACAACUAGGUUAGGCAGUUCCUGUCAAUUAAACCGAAUAAGUCAUUCAGGAUGAGUAAACGAUUGAAACUGAAUGUAUUGACAUCUUCGAAGUGUUUAAGAAGUCAAAAGAAGGUGACUGAUGCCGAUGCAUCCUCAUCCAAUACUUCACAUUAUUUUAAGCAUGAUAAUUUAUCACCAAUAAAGUCUGAAACAAAGAAGCGGUCUCCUGUUAAAAUUAGGUAUGAAAAGUCGGAUAUAGAAACCGUCAUGGACGAGAAGGUCAAGAUACCAACAGUAUUUGAUGCAAAUCAUGUAAAACUCGACGAGUUCGACGUGACGAGUGUGGACACUUCAAAGUCCAAGGUGUUGAAAGUAUUGGACGAGAGUGAUGGGAAGCUAAAUGUACCGACAAUUUUGAAUACAAAGAAUAACAAGCAUGCUGUCAAGAAGAGCAAAACUGAGUGGGUACCUGAUGAUUGGAUGCUUACGCUACAGAACAUUAAAGAUAUGCGAAAGAGUCAAACAGCACCAGUUGAUGAAUUGGGUUGCCACAAAUGUGCUGAUCCUAAUGCCAGUGCAUCAGUUAACAGAUAUCAAUGCUUAAUUGCCUUGAUGCUGAGUAGUCAAACAAAGGAUCAAGUAACGCAUGCAGCGAUGGAAAGGCUUAAAGCCUAUGGGUGUACACCAUCGGAAAUUGCAGCCACUCCGAACAAUGUCCUGGGGAAACUCAUAUACCCGGUUGGCUUCUGGAAGCGCAAGGUUGAGUACAUUAAGAAAACUUCUGAAAUUUUAAUUAAACGUUAUCAGGGAGAUAUUCCUAAAACAAUAAACGAACUUUGCCAGUUGCCUGGGGUAGGACCAAAGAUGGGACACAUAUGUAUGCAAAUUGCUUGGGGUAAAGUGUCAGGCAUUGGCGUGGAUACACAUGUACAUCGUAUAUGCAAUCGCUUACAAUGGGUUAAAAAGCCAACAAAAACUCCAGAAGAAACGAGAAUGAGUUUGGAAGAAUGGCUUCCACACCAUCUUUGGAGCGAAAUUAAUCAUUUGCUAGUUGGAUUUGGUCAAGAAAUCUGUCUACCGAGAUUUCCUAAAUGCAGCAAGUGCUCUAACAAAGAUCUGUGUCCUUAUGCAAGAGAGAAUUCUACAGCCAAAACAUAGUCAUGACAAAUAUAUUUCUUUUUGCCUUAAAGUAUAAGUCUUAUUAAUGUAAACCAUAAAAGAUAUAUUAGUCAUAAAUCUUCAA